AUGGUCGGACUUCCCCAAUUUCCCCACAUACUCCAGGCCGAGGCCACCGUCGAAUCCCCCGAACCUUCGAUCUUCAUCUUCACCAUGGAUGCAAGAGAGGGAAGAAUCGGAAAUUCAUUCGCCUGCGAGCGCUGUCGCAAGCACAAAGUCCGAUGUGUUCCAUCAGACAUUGCAAGUAUCUGCCAAAGGUGCCAAAAAGCUCGGGUGGAAUGUAUCGAGCAUGUUGCGCGUCGACGACCAGCAAAACCUAGGGUGGACAGUCAUGCACCUAACAAGAUGCGCGACCUUGACAAGAAGCUGGACAAGAUAUCUGCCAUCGUCGCAACUAUGGCGCCAAAUUCUACGCAAAAUUCUACGCCAAACUCCACGCCUCAAUCUACCCUACCGUCGGUAGCUAUCCUGCCUUCUCAAGUACCUGAAACGGCUCAGCGCACUCCUUCACCACCACAUCCCACAGUACCACCAACAUCUGCCCCAUCAGUCCAAAAGCCUCCUGUCUUCCCGGCUCCUAGGCCUGCAAGCAUCUCUGAGAGCUCCUUAAUGUUUUGGGAGUCUAUCAAUGAUACUCUGUCGUCUCUUGGACGGAUAGAUCCCAUCCUUCGAUCGAUCAGCGUAGUUCACAUGCAAAUGCUACUCGACACGUACAGAACCAUGGUCGACUACUUCCCCUUUGUAUCAUUACCCAACGACUGUUCAUGCAAAGACCUGAUACAACAUCGACCAAUGUUGAUGUUUGCAGUUCUUACCGUGGCGUCUCACGACUCUGUGCUGCUGCAGUUAAAACUGAGUCGCGAGUUUCGCAAAGUCAUCAUGGUGAAAAUUAUGAACGGGGAGAAGAGUCUGGAUCUUCUGCAAGGCUUGUUGGUCUUUAUAGCGUGGCAUCAUCACUACAUGGACUCCCAGGCCGUGUCCAUCCCCAUGCUGAUCCAGAUAUGCGUUGGCAUAGCAUGCGAUCUGGGUCUCGACAAUAUAUCGAAUAUUGCCAGGAGCCCGUUGCAAAGAGAAGAUCCUCGAGACAGGGAAGCAAAGAGAGCAUAUCUGGGAUGCUACUACUUGGUUUCCAACGUUGGACUGAUGGAACCUAACAAAGCGCGCUGCUUGUCUUACUCAAGUACGCUUCGCAACUAUGCUUCUGAGCUCGCUUCUAUCUGGGAGCACAAAUCGGAUGCAGUACUCCCUAUCCUGAUUGAUGUGUGUCAAUUCAUGGAGGACAUUGAGGAAACCUUUCGCGAACAGUCUGGACAAGCAUUGGUCACUCGAUCUCAAGUGAAACGCUUGAACGACAAGUGGGAACACAUUCGACAGGCAUCGAAGCUGCAAGCCACUGAUUUUGAGACUUUGCAAUGGAUACAACUCGCCGCACGAAUACACUUGUAUAGGGCCGCCGCGUCUGUCGACCUCACGGACCGAGAAAGCACUCCAUGGGCUUCAGGCUUCCAGCUCUCAUUGCGCGUUACGUCCCUGCGUUCUGUCGAACAGUAUCUCGACAACAGCGCAAAGCUUUCGUCAACUCAAUUCGAAUACAUCUCAAUAGUCGACUGGCUCAAUAUGAUCUCAGCCAUGACCAACCUGAGCAAGCUCGCAUUACAAUCUUCGCCCACGCCUGGCUGGGACCCCGCCGAGCUCCAGAUUGCAAAAUCGUUCGAAUAUUUCCGGGAUCAGCUCGCAUCGCGAAUGCCACGUGUCCGCGACCCCCACGAGAACAGCGAAGACGUAUUUGAGAGAUUUCGUCGCGUGACAGCGAUCAUGAAGACAGCUCUGCGCAAUUCGAGCGGCAGAUGUAGCCCUAGUGGAAGCACUUUCGAGCUUGCUACAUGUACCGGACGAACUGUGUCGCUGUUGCAGGAUAUUCCCUUGCCGAAGCCCGGUGCAUCGACUAACGGAAUUGAAAAGCUUCCAACCCUGUGGAAAAGUCCUUCAUUUAACAUCAACCACACCGACUUCCCCUGGAAGUUCUUGAUGGGUACUGUAUGA